GAAAUUCUUCAAGUGUUCUAAUUUUAAAGGAAAUAUAGCAAAAAGUUAAAACUAAGCAAAAAUGUUAAAUACAUUCAGUUCAGUGACACCGUUUUUGAAAUUUAAUCCAAAACGUGUAAUCAUAGACAAUAUAGUGUUUAAAUUACAUUAUCGUUGGACAUUUAUAAUUUUAAUAGUGGCCACCAUAUUGGUGUGUUCCCGUCAAUAUGUUGGUGAACAUAUUAAAUGUAUAUCGGAUACAAUACCCUCACAUGUGAUUAAUACUUAUUGUUUCUUUACGCCAACUUUUACGCUGGUACGUCAUUUGAAUAAUACUGCUUUGUCAGCUGGUGCCAUAUUUCAGCCAGGCAUUGGUCCGUAUGAAACCCAAGAAGAACCCAUUAAGAGACAUGCUUACUAUCAAUGGGUGCCAUUUGUGCUGUUUGGCCAGGCAUUGUGCUUCUAUUUACCGCACUUUUUGUGGAAAACAUGGGAAGGUGGCCGCAUAAGAGCUUUAGUAUUUGGCUUAAGAAUGGUGGGUCUUACAAAAUAUCUACAGGCUAAAUCCCUAAAUAUUGGCAAACUAAAUAUACCAUCAAUGGUUGAAAUGGAUAUGCGUAUCAAAGACAUACGUCGUACAAUGAUUGAUCGUAUGCGUUUGAAUCAAUCAUGGGGUGCUCAUUUGGUAUUUGCAGAAGUACUCAAUCUAUUGAAUGUUAUAUUGCAAAUUUAUUGGACUAAUUUGUUUUUGGGUGGUGCCUUCUAUACCUUGGGUCCCAAGGUUAUGCAUGAACGUUGGACCGAUCAAAUGGAUGCAUUGGAUGUUGUGUUUCCUAAAGUCACCAAAUGUCAUUUCCAUAAAUAUGGUGCUUCUGGUUCCUUGCAAAUGCAUGAUACGCUGUGUGUGAUGGCUUUGAAUAUUAUAAAUGAGAAGAUUUAUACGAUUUUGUGGUUCUGGUAUGUGUUUUUAUUGGCCGCCACUGUUUUGGCUUUGAUAUGGAGAGUGUUUACUUUGUUCUUUUAUAAGAGCAUAAUAUUCACCCGUUACUCCCUUUAUUGGGCCAAACCUGGCAAAUUAGAUGAAAAAGAACUGUCAGCCGUUAUAAGCAAGUGCAACUUCUCCAAUUGGAUGUUUUUGUUCUUCUUACGCAGUAAUCUUUCCGAGUUUCUUUUCAAAAAAGUAAUCUAUCAUUUGGCUAGUGAAUUUCCCGAUGAACAACGAGAUAAUAGUAUUAAUGCUUCCUUGGCUAUGGAUCCCUCACAUAUGCAAACAAUGAGAAUCGAUGAAGUCGAUAUGCCUCUACUGAAUAAGCCAAGUUGCAGUAGUAAACUUGAUUAAUUGAAAAUUUCUUAUAUUUUCUUAUUAGUUUAGUAUUUAAGCAUUACAUAUAUUAUUCUUUUAUAUUUUUUAAUUAUACAAAUUAAAUAUAAAUACCUAUAUAAAAAUUUGAUUUCUUAAUAUAAA